AGCAACUCAGAACUAUUUGUGGAUUCAAUUGGAGGACAUCUUUUAUCAUCCAAGCUCAUAUAAUUAACAAAAUGAAGCUUUAUAUUGUGUUAUUAGUGGCAGUAUUCAUUGCGGAUAAAGCAAGCUGUGGCGUCAUCGAAGGGGCUUACGACAAAGUUUCAAAUACGACACAAGCAGUGAAAGAAGAUGUCUAUAGUUGGUGGUCUUACGGUGUAGACAAAGUCAUGGGAGAAUCAGAAGACGCAAGCAAAGCUGCUCAUCCAGCUGAUGAAGAUCAAAGCAGCUUAAUUGGUAAAUUCUACAAUAAGGUCAAAGGAGGCGUUUCUUCCGGAUACAUGAAGGUACACAAUUUCAUUCUCGGAGAAGAUAGUGACCCUAACAAAACUAUUAUAAGAACUUUAUACGAAAGAGCCCUGAAAAGACUAUCAGAUAUUAAAUCAUAUAUCUUUGGAGAUCAUCAUCCCGCUGAUAAACCUGAAUCACAUAAGAUUGAAGAAUCGGUUAAAGAAGAAGUUCUAAAAUUAUUAUUUUCUAACAAUACACAUAUUUUUGACACUGAAAGUGAAAAAUCCGCUCUUGAAUCGUUGAGAAGUAAACUAACUAAAACUGGGGAUGAAGUAUUAAGCUUAGCGAAUGACGAAAAAGAUGUGAUAAGAAAGGCGUAUGAAAGUGUUCGUCACAAAUCAGACGAACUUAUGUCAAACGCAGACAAUAUGAAGACUAAAAUGAGUGAAAACAUUGAUAAAACGCAAGAAUUCAUUCGAGACGAAUCGAAGAAAUUCAAUGAAGCUGCUCAAAAUGUUGGUGAAGAAGUGAAGAAGGCAGGUAAUGACAUUGAAAAGAGACUGCAAAGUGAGUGAAGUGAUAAUAUUGUUUGUCAUGCGUACAAG